AGUUGAGUUCUGGCUUUCGCGCGGUGUGGAUGCUAAAGCAGUUUUCGUCGUUGAUUGUCCUGCCAUAGUGGCCCGUUCAUAUAGUGCAACUCAGACUUCUUUGAGGGAAAUUAAGGGGGAGUGAGAGCAGCGUUAUCCUGUUGGAUAUUUCCCAGCGGUUUGUGUGCUGCAGUUUUACUUACUCGAUGCUCGGUUCGAACGAGUUUGAGGAGUUUUCGUGUUUUCGGGUCUCUUUCUCCGCCGGUGAUGGUGUGGGAAGUGGUAAAAGCAUGAUUGUUGGUCAGGCGAGAGUUGAAGCAAAUUUAAAAUCGUUCUGAUAAAAAAACGAGUGUCAUUCAGGUGGUGAUUUGCUUGUUUGGCGGAGAUUUUGAGUCUGGAAAGCAAGAAGCAAAGAUUGUUGCAGCCGAAUAGGAAAGGAAGGAAGAGAUUUUUAGCGCGUUUGCGCGCAAUUUUCCACCAUUCUACCGGUUGGGAAGUUGAAUGUGCAUGCCGUGAUCGAUUUUCGUUGGUUGGAAAUGUGAUGAAAGGUUGAAUGGAAAUAGUGUCAUGUACACAAAGAAGCCGUACUCGCUGUGAACGACGGUCGGGGAUUGUACAUUGCCCUCCCGUAACGAUAAGCAGCUGAACGACUGACGAGAUACCAAUCUACACAUCACGGAUCAAGCGGCAGAAGAGAUCCUUUUACGGUGAAGAAGGACGACGUGUUGUGCAAGCAGUGCAGUGCAGCAAUAUCUACACAUGAAAGAAGAAGCAUAGCAAAAGUGCAGUGAUUUUGUCUUUUGUGUUGGCCGAAGGAAGAGUUGAAAGUUCGAAGAAUAAGCUCACAGAGAAAUGCCCGCAAGACGAGUGAAGUGAGUCAUUAUAAAAGAAAGCGCUUUCGGAUAUAAAAUAUUCACGAAGAAUUAGAGGUGGAUGAUAUCCCGACGUUGCAGUAAUCGAAGAAUUGAAGAUUAUAUGGCUGUAUGAAGAUAGAACAAGUUAAGCGAGAAGAAAUCCGUUUGAUAGUGAAAAUAAGUGAUUAAGCGCGUAUUGUUGAAGAUUGAAAAAUUCGAACCACACUUUUGCUAGCAGUUAAAGUUUUGGCGAGCAUCUGGUCAUUCAUCUGAAAGAUAUCAAUUUGGAACUAGACUUUAAUAAGCACUAACUCAGCCCUAAUGUGAGCCCACCAAUCGCGUUUGCAUCGAGUCAACGCAGCAGGAUGCUGCCUAUCGGUGGAAAUUCUAAACAAAUCAUUGCUAAUAAGCCAAAAGUGUGAAAAUUCCGCCGCUCGCAUCGAUUGUGUUGUUUCAGCCUUUUUCUCUCCCCGCGCGCAUAAUCAGUGAAUGAAAUUAUCGAAAAUAUUCAAUUACCAAACAGCAAAAUCAUAACAACCAAAGUGUAAAUUUUAAUGUGUGCAGUGCUAAAAUGGCCAACGCCACCAGGUUUCGGUCCAGGUCGCCCCCAGCCGGAGGAAUGUUGUUGAUUCUGGCGGCGGCGGUGCUGCUUUUGCUGGAUUUGGCCGGCCAGUCCCAUUGCGAACCUUACGGCGGUGGAGGUGGAGGACUCGGCGGUGGACACUAUGGACUCAACGGGGAGAUGCGGUGCCCCAGGCUUUGCUCCUGCACCGGGCAGACGGUCGACUGUUCCCAUCGUGGGUUGACGCAGGUGCCGAGGAAGAUCCCCCUGGAUACCGAUAGACUCGACCUCCAGGGUAACAACAUCACCGUCAUCUACGAAUCUGAUUUCCAGAGUCUGUCGAAGCUUCGAAUAUUACAGCUGACUGACAACCAAAUCUACACGAUAGAGAAAGAUGCACUGAUAGAUCUUAUUUCUCUGGAACGAUUACGACUUAAUAGCAAUCGCUUAAAAUCAAUACCAGAUAAUUUUUUAUCAAGCGCUGCUAAUUUAUUACGAUUAGACCUGUCGCACAAUGCUCUUUCCGCCAUACCGAAGCGUGCAUUCAAAGGCGCCACUUCACUGCGGAGCCUCCAACUGGACAAUAACCAAAUCACUUGUCUGGAUGAGCACGCUAUCAAAGGAUUAGCAGAGCUGGAAAUACUGACACUCAACAACAACAACAUCACGGCCCUGCCGCGCGACAUGUUCUCCGGAAUGCCCCGCCUGAGGGCUCUGCGCCUUUCGGAGAAUCCGUUCGCGUGCGAUUGUCAUCUGUCUUGGUUGGCACGAUAUCUGAAGAACGCACCUCGGCUGGCACCUUACACGCGAUGUCACUCGCCCAGUCAGCUCAAGGGCCAAAACGUGGCCGAUCUGCACGAGCAAGAGUUCAAGUGUUCAGGUCUCACCGAGAACGCCCCGAUGGAAUGCGGAGGAAGGAGUCUCUGCCCACAUCCGUGUCGUUGCGCUGACGGCAUUGUUGAUUGUCGGGAAAAAAGUUUGACCAGUGUCCCUUCCACGCUGCCGGAGGACACAACCGAACUGCGGUUGGAGCAAAAUUACAUAACCGAAAUCCCUCCGAAAGCAUUCGCGAACCACCGAAGGCUCAAGCGGAUAGAUCUGUCCAACAACAACAUUUCGCGGGUGGCAUACGAUGCGUUCAGCGGCCUAAAGUCACUCACUUCGCUUGUCCUUUACGGUAAUAAAAUCAAAGAUUUGCCGGCGAGUGUUUUCAAGGGAUUAACCUCCCUUCAGCUGCUACUGCUGAACGCCAACGAAAUCACGUGCGUUCGGAGGGACGCCUUCAAGGACCUUCAGAAUCUGAGUUUGUUAUCGUUGUACGACAACAACAUCCAGACGCUGGCCAACGGAACGUUCGAUUCGCUGAAGAGCAUCCAAACUUUGCACUUGGCACGUAAUCCCUUCAUUUGCGAUUGUAAUCUGCGAUGGCUUGGCGACUAUUUGCAUCAAAACCCUAUCGAGACCAGCGGAGCCCGUUGUGAUUCGCCGAAGCGCAUGCAGCGACGCCGAAUCGAAGCCCUCAAGGAUGAAAAGUUUAAAUGCACGGAAGACCACAGCAAAAUAAAGUACGCUGGAGAGUGUCGAAUGGAUCAGGAAUGUCCGGCAGCUUGUCACUGCGACAGAACUACCGUUGAUUGUUCAGCUCGUGGACUGAAGGAAAUCCCACGUGACAUCCCACUUUACACCACAGAACUGAUACUGAACGACAACGAGUUGACCCGGGUUCGCUCGGAUGGCCUGUUUGGACGACUGCCGAACUUGGUGAAGUUGGACCUCCGUCGGAAUCAGAUUGCCAACAUCGAGCCGAAUGCCUUCGAAGGGGCCACCAAGAUUCAGGAGCUGUUUAUGAGUGAAAAUAAGAUCGCCGAAGUGCACAACAAGAUGUUCCUCGGGCUGCAUCAACUGAAAACGCUGUCUCUUUACGAUAACCUUAUCAGUUGCGUGAUGCCAGGAUCAUUCGAUUUUCUAUCAUCGUUAACCCAGCUCAAUCUCGCAUCGAACCCCUUCCGUUGCAAUUGCCAUCUGGGCUGGUUCUCGGACUGGCUCCGUAAGAAGCAACUAGGUGGACCUCCGGCACGUUGUGCUUCACCGGCCAAGGUCCGCGAUGUCCCCGUCAAAGACCUGCCACAUUUCGAGUUCAAGUGCACCUCCGAAGCGGACCAAGGAUGCCUCGGCGAGGGCUAUUGUCCUCCAUCGUGCACCUGUACCGGAACGGUGGUUCGCUGUUCCCGGAAUAAGUUGAAAGAAAUCCCCAAAUCUAUUCCGUCUGAAACGACCGAACUGUAUUUGGAGUCGAACGAUAUCUCGAUGGUGCAUACCGACAGGAUCAGCCAUCUGAAGUCUCUGACGCGAUUGGACUUGAGCAACAACAAGAUUGGCAUCCUCUCAAAUCACACGUUCGUAAAUCUGAGCCGACUCUCAACACUGAUAAUCAGCUAUAACAACCUCCAGUGCAUUCAACAAUAUGCUCUUGCCGGAUUGAAACAACUGAAAGUUCUGUCUUUGCAUGGUAAUCAUAUCUCCAUGAUUCCCGAUGGAACAUUUGCUGACCUCCAAUCAAUUACUCACAUAGCCCUUGGCAGUAAUCCCCUGUACUGUGAUUGUUCCCUGAAAUGGUUAUCAGAAUGGGUAAAGCGAGACUAUGUGGAACCUGGUAUUGCACGUUGUGCAGAACCGGAGUUGAUGAAGGACAAACUCAUAUUGUCUACGCCAGCCAGCCAGUUUCUUUGCAAAGGAAAGGUUAGCAAUGAAAUUCUGUCGAAAUGUGAUGCCUGUUAUACUUUCCCAUGCAAGAACAAUGCUGUCUGCAAGCCACUUCCCGAACGCCAGUACGAGUGCCAGUGCCCUCCGGGAUAUCAUGGAGCACACUGCGAAUUCAUGAUCGAUGCUUGCUACGGCAAUCCAUGUAGGAAUAAUGGAACGUGCACGGUUCUAGAGGAAGGACGGUUCAGUUGUCAAUGCACGUCUGGAUAUUCAGGAGCCAGGUGUGAAAUCAACAUCGAUGAUUGCACCAACCAUAAAUGCCUGAACAAUGCAACGUGUGUGGACGGAGUCAAUUCCUACAGCUGUGCCUGCAUUCCAGGAUUCACCGGAGAGUUUUGUGAUGCGAAGAUCGAAUUCUGCGGGAAGGACUUCAACCCUUGCCAGAAUGGUGCCAAAUGUGUCGAUCAUUCUACUCACUACAGUUGCGAAUGUGUACCUGGCUAUCGAGGCCUGAACUGCUCGGAAAAUAUUGACGAUUGCGUCAAUCACAUGUGCCAGAACGGAGGAACCUGUAUUGAUGGCAUCAACGACUACGUUUGUAAAUGUCCUUCUGAGUUCACCGGAAAGUUCUGCGAAGGAACACCGAUGGUGGCAAUGCUCUACCCGCAGACCUCGCCUUGCCAGCAACACGAGUGCAAGUUUGGCGUUUGCUUCCAACCGAAUCCAUCCAGCGCUGACUACAUUUGCAAAUGCGGUCCAGGUUAUUCCGGAAAACGAUGCGAGUAUCUUACCAGCUUGACCUUCUUGCACAACAAUUCUUUUGUGGAGUUGGAACCGCUACGGACGAAACCUGAGGCUAAUGUGACCAUCGUCUUCAGUAGUACGCAACAGAACGGAGUACUGAUGUAUGACGGAAAUAACGAUCACCUUGCGGUUGAGCUGUUCAACGGUAGGAUACGUGUCAGCUACGAUGUAGGAAACUACCCGGUUUCAACGAUGUACAGCUUUGAGAUGGUAGCCGACGGCAAAUACCACAUGGUAGAGCUGCUAGCUAUCAAGAAGAACUUCACACUUCGUGUUGAUCGAGGUCUUGCUCGAUCGAUUAUCAACGAGGGGUCAAAGGAAUAUCUCAAACUGACGACUCCGAUGUUCCUCGGAGGACUGCCGCCGGAACCUGGUCAGCAAGCUUACAAGUUGUGGCAUCUCCGGAAUCUGACCAGCUUCAAGGGAUGCAUGAAAGAGGUCUGGAUCAACCACAAGCAGGUCGAUUUCCUGAACGCUGCACGCCAGCAGAAGGUAACACCGGGCUGCGCUCUGCUCGAUGCCGAGAACGACGGUGAAGUGGAGGAAGAUUUUAUGCAGGAGACACCUAUGAUUUUGAAGGAGGUGGAUCCAUGCGAGAAUCAUCAGUGCAAGCGAGGCGGCAAGUGCAUACCGAAUGGUCGGGGCAGCUACUCGUGCAAGUGUAAAAACGGGGCCAAGGGCAAAUUCUGCGACCAAGGUGAGGGCACGGUAUCGGUAGUCAUCGACGAGGACCCGUUCAAAGCUCCCUCUUCCGGAUCGUCCACGUGUCGAAAGGAGCAAGUGCGAGAGUACUACACUGAAAACGACUGUCGCUCCAGGCAGCCCCUGAAGUACGCUAAAUGCGUCGGUGGUUGCGGAAAUCAAUGCUGCGCUGCCAAAGUCGUACGACGAAGAAAAGUACGCAUGGUGUGCAGCAACAAUACCAAAUACAUCAAGCACCUCGAUAUCGUGCGCAAAUGCCAUUGUACAAAAAAAUGCUACUGACUGCAAGACGCGACUACCCGAACAACAUCAACAGUAAUAUCAACACCAAUACCAGCAGCAGUGCAAGUAGCAGGAUUCGAUAGUUUAGGAUUAGGAACAACUAGUUUAGGCGAUAGUGUAAGCAGAAACGUUAGUACUAGUGAGAAGUGGGUCAAUUUCGAGACCGAUUUUGAUGAGGAAGAAAUGAUGCAGAAUGAUGACGCGGGGGUGGGUGGACCGAUAGAUGAGUCCAAUGAACCAAUGGAUGACUUCCAGAAGAUUAUGAAGCAACUGCAGCAGUUGCAGACACAGCCAUUGUUCACUCAAGAGGAGGAGGAGGAAGUCAAAGCAGACGAUGAUCUGUUCGACGAUGACGAAGAUUACGAAGACAUUCAUGCGUUGAACCAGAAGCAAAAGCAGAAUGAUCAAGAGAGCAAGAAGAAAGUAUUCGACGAUGAGGAUGACGACUAUUAUGAUGAUUAUAGCGAUGAGGAAUUUGAUGGUAAGAAAAGUGAAAAGAAACCGUCUUCCGGUUCUCCAUCAGAUAGUACAAAUGUGAUGCAAGAUUUCAUGAAAGGCAAGACCGCGACGCAUCGGUUCAAGUCUCGUUUUGACGAUUUUGCUGACGAUGGUGAAGAGUUGUUAUCAUCUGGUAGUCGUAAGCUUCGAAAGAAUGACUCAAUUAAGGUAAUCUCUACACCGAAUGGGAAGGUGGGAAUUGUAUAUAAAGUAGAACCAAAAUCUCCCGAAGAAGAUAAGACGAAGAAGUCUAGUGAGAGCCAAAGUGGAGGAACCUUGGAAGUUCACCAGAAAAUUACGCCGGUAAUGACGGCCGAUGGUAAAGUGGCUCUUCUGUACCGUGGUGCCUCGGAUAACAGCGAAACGUUCCGGAACAAGUAUGAACCCAUUACCAAUAAGGACAUUUUGACACAACUGAUCGACAAUAAUAACAAGAGUACUACUAGUAGCAGUAGCAGUAACGUUCUCAACAGUAUUAAAAAUAUUACCACAAAAAAUAGUAUUUAUAAUAGUAAUUACGAUAGUUAUGAUAGUUUUAAUAGGAACAGCAACAAUGUGAUCAUAGACCCGGCGGCGAUCGAAUCUGAUUCGGUCGAAAGCUCCGUCAACAAUAGACAACUGACAAACGGAGAUCCUGAAUCUCACGAAUCGACUUCGUCCCGUGGGACGGAUCUACAAAGUACUUUUACUACUACUGCCACUAUGAAUACUAUUAGCACUACUACAACGACGGCGUCUCUAUCUCGACCAGAGGAUGAUGUCCUGAAUCCAAGUCCUGAUGAGAAUGAUCAGCUCUACCAAGAACGUCAAGAGAACACUCUUCAGAUCAAUCGGCCUCUAUCGGAGGUUUUAGGCAUUAAGAAAAACUUGUACCUAGACGCUAGUGUAAAAAUACCAAAUAUUGAAACGUCAACCCACAAAAUGAGAAUUACCAACAGUAAUAACCUCCUAUCGUCAUUACUGGGCAGCAUCAAUGGAAAUGACAAUAGCACUGGUUCCAACAGAAUAGUUAGCAACUAUGUCAGCAAAAACUUCCGAAACAAUGCCAACAUCGAAUACGAGGACAGACUAUCCAUAGGGGAUCGUAGAGGAUACAGUGUAAAUGGAUACAGUCAGUCCCGUUUCUCCAUCAACAGGCGAACCACUCCACCAUUACCACCUCGAAUCAUUAAAGAAGAAAGCGAAGAAGAAUGGUCCAAUGACAACUCGGUCCCCGAGGUGAUAAACCUAGCCAUUAUUCCUGCUUUCGAACAUGAAAUCGAAGAAAAGUAUCUUCGGCCACACGGAGAUGAUCAUUAUUACCGACGACACAAGCAUCACUACAACAACGUGGCACCAGGUCAUCCAACGGUGCAUUGCGCCAUGCAGGUCAUCGUGGCCUGCGUUGUCCUUGGGACAUUUUUCGGAAUAGCUGGUGCAUUUUUCCGGUCCAGGAUCAUCGAUCAAAUUCGAAUUCUCUACUGGUAGAAUUUGCACGGUAUUCGGUUGAGAAUGAAACCUCCAAGCAAUGGUACUAAACGGAAUUAUCAAAACUAUGUCUACCAGCUACAUUGCCAUCUAACGGUAAGCUAGUACAGCGUAUCUCAAUUGAAUACCACAACCGCAACAUUUCCAAGCUGAUCCUUUAAGCUGAGCUUAAUACUAACCGUAAGAUACAAAGAUGUGACUAUGUGGUGGUACUGUGUCGUAUUUAAUGUCGUAGUUAAGAUGAAUCCCAUCAAGCUAGAUAUUAAUAGACUGGAUCCAGUAGCUACAACUCAUCGACGUUCAUCGGAACACCCAAACUAAGUGUGUAAAGUAAAAUGUUUCAAGUGUAUGAAGAAAUAACACAAAUCGAUUCAUCCACCCAACGACAGUCGAUAGUCCUGCUUCUGUUAUUUCAUUAUCGAAAUCGGAAAACGACAUGGUUCAUUUUACGGAAAUGCAAUUGUUAUAUAGCUAGUAUUAAAACUAAUUUAUUGAAGAAAUGCAGAAUGCCACCUAUGUCAAUAAUUGUAAAAUAUUUUUGUACAUCUCACUUGCCAUUCAAUUCCACGUUACAUUGUCACAAACUCAUCUGAACAAAAAAAAAGCUUCAUCUGUAACGAUAGCCAUGUUUCUAUUGAACGCAACAUGACGAAAUCCAGAAAACAUGGAAACACAACACUAAAAAAGGGUAGUCGCGAAAAAGCAAAACGUUAUUUUUAUCGAAGUCAGAAGAUAGAAAUUGAACGAGCAUUUAUUUAACUGAUAGGGUACGAAUAGAAACCUGUUUUAAUUGGAAUAGCAGAAUGGAGGAAUGUCGAUGCGAGAUGAUAAAUAUGGAAAAGAACGAACGAACAAACAAAAAUGUAAAUCUUGCCUUUUCAAAACGAAGAAAAUUUGAUAGAAACGAACGAUCAUCCAACAGAACAGAUUAUCAAGGAGGUGAAAAUUUAACAAACAAAUAUUUUUUUAACGCUGAUACAUGAGUAACAUGUAAGCAUAUAAAUUGGAAACUAUAUUUUAUUAACAGUACGGAAUCGUAGCUAAUGAAAAAUCCUGUUGAUUAGUUUUGGCAGAGAGUAUUUAUUAUCAUUAUAAUCCUGAUUUAUGUUUAUUAUCAGAACAAAAACACUUCUAUACUCAUCUAAACAUUACGAAGAUGUGUCUCCUAGUAUCCUGUAGACUCUGUAACAUCGUUGCAACUAAAAAAAAUAGGCAGAUACGACCUCACAGCCACGCGGCUGAAGGAGAAAAUCAUUAAACACUGUAACUUUUAAUCGAAUAUACUCAGAUGUAUUUCUACCAUACUAUUCCAAUUCUCACUAUUCUGUAUCCUUUACAACCGCCAUUAUCAUAAUCAUUUCCCCAGUUUAGAUCGAACAACAGCAGAGA